AUGAAUCGUCGUGGCAUACUUGAGAUCCAACUAGCUGAAUGUAUUGAACCAAUCAUGAAGAGGAAAGAAAAUAAUCCAGCCAAUCUUACAACUGAAGUGGAGAAUGCCCGUCGAUUGGGUAUACUAAAUGGUGCGAAAUUGGCUUCAGAAUUCGGUUUCUCUUAUGGAAUGGCGCUAGAAAUUAUAUCACCUCGGCACUCUUCUCAUUGUAAUUCAUCUAUAAUUUCUUCUGAUGUCAACAUCACCAAUGAACAUCGGAUACAAUCAAGAAGAGAUAUUCAAAUUUAUAAAACAGCCAGUGAUUUACAUCAGUAUUUAGUAGGUUCCAACGGUCUAAUAGAUAUUUCAAAUUGUCCUCAGUUGAAUAAAACUAUUGAGUGCACAUGUAAUGACAAUGAUGAGUUACUUAAAUUGAUAAGAAAUAAAGCUAAACAGUUGAAAAGUUUAUUGGAUAUACAUUCAGUUGAACAGGAAAUGAAUAAUUUGACGUUUUAA